AGCAUGGAAGCUGUGUGCAUUAGUCUGCCAGAAAGCAAGCAACCUUUGAUACAUAGCGACAAGGAGAAAAAGUAUCCAGUACAGGGUUACUUGCUGGAAUCAGAUCAAGCUGGACGAUAAAAACAGAACAAGACAAAGAGCACAAUGUGGUGUCGCAGGCUGGCAUGUUUGUAUCCAGUGGCAAGAGCACUGCAAAGACACGUGGUCAGAAAACAGGUUUUAAGGUCAUCCAUCUCUCAUAAGAAUGUUACAGCUGUACAUCGCUGGUUCAGUACAGCACCAGAUGUUAAAGUCUGCUCUUGGGUUCUUCACAAGGACCACCUUGAGGUACUUUAUUCUGGAACAUGUAUGCGCUUUAAUUAUGUGUGGUUACGUGAUCACUGUCGCUCAGCUUCCUGUUACAAUGCCAAAACGAACCAGCGUAGCCUGGAUACAGCCACCGUGGAUCUUGAUAUCCAACCUGCACUGGUGCGGGCAGAUGAGACCACUUUAUACCUCACUUGGCCAGAUGGUCAUAUGACCCGAUAUGGACUAGAAUGGUUGGUACAAAAUAGCUAUGAAGGUCAGAAGCAGCAGCUAGUCCAGCCUCGGAUCUUGUGGAAUGAAAGGAUCUACAAGGAGGCUAAUGUCCCAUCUGUCAGUUAUUCAGAAUUUCUGAAAACAAGUGAGGGACUGAGAGCUUUCCUGCAGAAUUUCUUGCUGUAUGGCAUAGCUUUUGUUGAUGAUGUGCCAGCAACCUAUGAGGAUACAGAGAGAGUAGCAGAAAGAAUUAGCCAUAUCAGGGAAACUAUAUAUGGUAAGAUGUGGAAUCUUACUUCUGACUUCUCACGUGGAGACACAGCUUACACAAAAUUAGCUCUGGAUCGUCACACAGAUACCACAUACUUCCAAGAGCCUUGUGGUAUGCAACUGUUCCACUGUCUGCGGCAUGAGGGAACUGGGGGUCGAACGCUGUUAGUGGAUGGCUUCUAUGCAGCUGAUCAAGUCCGUCACGAUUAUCCAAAUGAUUUUGAAUUGCUCAGCAAUGUACCUCUGAAACAUGAAUAUAUUGAGAACAUGGCAGGAAGUAAUAAUCACAUGGUGGGGAUUGGUCCUGUCCUAAAUGUUUACCCAUGGAAUAAAGAGCUUUAUAUGAUUAGGUACAACAAUUACGAUCGGGCUGUGAUCAGCACUGUGCCUUAUGAUAUAGUACAGCAAUGGUAUAUUGCACAUCGUAGGUUGACCAAUGAACUGAGAAGGCACGAGAAUGAGUUAUGGGUAAAAUUAAAGCCAGGAAAGGUAUUGUUUGUUGAUAAUUGGAGGGUCUUGCAUGGACGAGAGUCCUUCACAGGAUACAGACAGAUUUGUGGCUGCUAUCUCACACGAGAUGAUGUCCUGAACACUUCACGUUUACUUGGACUAAAGGCUUGAUGGCAUCACGACUGUAAAGUUGACAUUCAGACCAAAAUAAGCUCACAAUGGAAUUUAUUUUAGGAUUUUUUUUAUUGCAAAUCAGCAAGGAAAACCUGAUUCUUAAAGCCUGUGAUACUUCAUCAGGAAUACACAAUAUUGCAGCAUACCCAAAGGCUUUAAUAUUUUUUAAAUUGGCACAAUAUUUUAAGGGUUUUUUUUCUUUUUUUUUUAAUAUAUAGAAUUGUUAAAAUAAUUAUUAUUUUAACUUCUUAAAUACAUUAUUGCAGAUAUAGACAAAAUCUGAAACACAGGAAAUGUUGGAUACAAUGUACUUUCCUUGCUUGAGCAGUCACCCCAUAGAGGUGUGUAAAGUUAGGGCUAGAUGGCUUUCUUCUAGCUGACUACAAAUAGCUUGCUCUUUUCUGUAAGAGGCAAGCCACAUAGCUCGUAAGUUAUGAGUAUAAUUUAUCCCAUAGGAAAAAAAUGUAUUUGUAGGCUUCUGCAAGUAGAUUGUUUAGUACUCCAAUUAAGGACAAUAAGGACCACAGCCACACUCUGGCCUAUCCAUUGCAGCCCGCAAAAAGGCUACAUCCAUAGUAAAGGAAAAUCUGGAAAAACUUACAGGGUGUUGUACUACUUUGAAGAUACAAGAUACAAUUAAACAUUAGGAGAAUAAUUAUUUUCUUAUCUGUAAAAAACACAUUUCUUGAAUAAUUUUAGGAAGAUUUGGACAAUUUACAGCAUACUCUGGGAGUAAAUUGUACUAAUUGUAUAUGUAAUUAUAUAUAAAGUAUAAUAUAAUUUUGUGUAUCCCUCUCAACACUUCACCAGUGCCUUUCUUGUCCAUGUUUGCUCUUAAACUACCUAUUAGGUAUCCUCUGAAUGUUAAAUGUCACUAACAUGCAUUUUAUUAAAUUUGGUACAGUAUUACAA